GAAGUAGCGUACGUCAUUCUGCCAACAAAUUCGUCGCGAAGGUUCAACAUCUUGUCGCCCGAAUAUCUUCGAAAUAGCGACGAAACCUAUUGAAAACUUUGCGUUAAAUAUUGUGAUAAACUUUGUGUAGCGUUAGUUUAACUAGUUCAAUUUAAAUAAAAUAAAAAUGUUCAUCUUGGAUUGGUUCAGUGGUGUUCUAGGAUUCUUAGGAUUGUGGAAGAAAUCAGGCAAACUUCUGUUCCUUGGUCUUGACAAUGCCGGAAAGACUACACUCCUGCACAUGCUCAAAGACGACAGACUGGCACAGCAUGUGCCUACACUCCAUCCCACGUCGGAAGAGCUGUCAAUAGGCAGCAUGCGGUUCACCACAUUCGACCUCGGCGGUCACCAGCAGGCGCGGCGCGUGUGGCGCGACUACUUCCCGGCCGUGGACGCCAUCGUGUUCCUCGUGGACGCGUGCGACCGGGCGCGCCUGCCCGAGUCCAAGGCCGAACUGGACUCGCUGCUGACGGAUGAUACGCUCAGCAACUGCCCCGUGCUGAUCCUCGGGAACAAGAUCGACAAGCCCGGCGCGGCCAGCGAGGAUGAGCUGCGCCAGUUCUUCAACCUGUACCAGCAGACCACUGGCAAGGGCAAAGUGUCCCGGUCGGAGCUGCCCGGACGGCCGCUGGAGCUGUUCAUGUGUUCGGUGCUGAAGCGGCAGGGCUACGGCGAGGGCUUCCGUUGGCUCGCGCAGUACAUCGACUGAAGCGCCCCUCCCGCCGCCCCGCCCCCGCUUGCAAGCGCGCGCUUUCUGUUCACCACCACAACCUACUAUUUACAACUAUACAUCAGCCUGUGAUAAUGACGUUAACGCGUAGUUUACUCGGUGUUGAUGCAAUCUGAUAUUCAAGUACCGGACACUUAUCAAUACAAUCAAGUGCCAUCGUAAAAUCGGCUUUUGUACAAUAAAUUGUCAGUUGUGAUAGCGAAUUUGUCAUCCUUUCUGGUUGUUGUGUAACAGAGAGAUUGUAAGCGGACCACCAGUCUCACUCGCGAUCUCAUAAUGCUUUGGUAUAGGUACAUAUUUGUGUGGAAUAAAAAUGUUCUGUAGCUAUUUAGAUGUAAUAUUUUCUGUUGGAAAUAUUACUUUUAAUGAUUCCAUUUAUGGAUAAUAUUUUCUAUCGUGUACUUACAAGCCAUCGGGGGUACAAAUAAUAGUAUGUACGCUGUAACAGUGCAAAGCAUUAUUUGUUUGCGAGUGUUCUAAUCAUAAACUCUGGUAAUAUUUUAGUUAGUGCAAACGUAAAUAUAAUAAAGUAAUUUAAUUUCAAUCUAAGAUUUGAGUUUCAUCUGCGCGGUUUUAACACUCAUGUCUCAUUUUGGGCGAAAGACGUGAACUUAGAUGGCAAAUGUAAUACCAAUGUAGGUUUUAAAAUGAUUAUUUUGGGAUCAGGUGGCCCCGCACGGUCCAGCCAGCCGCACGGUUCGACCACCGUGUCUCAGUUUCUGUGUUAGUUUAGGCGCGCUUGCUUCAACUGCUACGUCGACGGUAUUCUUGUAUUUACUGUAAAAUAUUUUCAGUCUCGGUGUUACAAUCGAGUGGUUCUAUCGCAAUAAGAAAGGAUUGUUAAUUAAAAGUAAUGCAAAUAUUUAUUUAUUCUCAUUCCAAAUGUAAUGGUUAAUGGUUGACGCGGCUAUUUAUCACAUAGUGCUCAUUGUGUUGUAUAUUUUAAAAGGUACGAUUGUUAUAUUUUUGUACAUUAUUUCAAUCAGGCGACAUGUAUUUCAGGAGACAUUUACUUUUUUUACAUUUGUGUAAACGAAACGGCUAGUCUGGCUAGAAGAAAUGUAUAGUUGAAUUAACCCUGAAUAUUGAGUUUACAUUACGUCACUAUCCUUCCAUUUUGUUAUCAUGGUGUUGGUAUGCAAGUUUCAAUAGGGCGCUGAAAUUUGCUGAUAUGGAUUGUAAUUUUAGUUACAAGAAUAAUUUAAGCACAAACAUUGCUUUCGUUUAUUAUACUCGUUUGAGCGUCAUCACAAGGUCCCGCUAGUUAGACAUCGAGACAGCCGUUUCCUCUGUGCUACAGCUGUGUAACACAGGUUCUUCGGUAUAUUAUUUGCAGUUUUAAGUCCAAAACAGUUUGUAAUAAAAGUUUAUAUGAAAUAA